AAGGAAAGACAACAAAAAAAGGAUGUCUUCCAGAAAAUCUGUAACCACUUUAAUGAAACUUCGGAGUAUAAAGUAACUGUUGAUCAGUGUAUAAGAAAGUGGGAUAAACUUGUUGCAAAGUUUAAACAAGUUGAAGAUAACAAUAAGCAAACAGGAAAAGCAAGACAAACGUGUAAAUUUUAUGACAGUCUACAAGAAUGUAUUGGGGAGAGCCGCAAGGUUAAUCCAAGCUACACCUUUGAUGUUGCACGUGUGGCCUCUUCUUCAUCAAGCCAAAGUGAUUCAAAUGCAGAAUGUGAUGACAAUGGUGAUGAGCUUGAAGAUGAUGAAAGUGGCAAUAGUCUGGAGGGAGCAAAGAAUGGAAAUAAAAGAGUAAGAAAAAGAAAAAGCCACUCAUCAGCGGCUGAGAUGCUUACAUUUUUGCAGUCCUACUCUGAGAAGAGAGAGAAAGUAGAAAAAGAAAAAAUCUCCUUACUAAGAGAGAUGCAGAAAGAAAAAAAAGAAUUUUUUGGCCAACUUUUGGAUGUUCUAAAAAAGAAAUAG